UGGUACCAGCUUAAUGCUUUAUCUUAGUCCCAAUUAAUCUUCCAUAUACUUGGUGUUGCUCCCACAGUGGGAAUUCCAGGCUGGAUAAUGACUGGCAGGACUGAGGUGGUGCAUGCUGUGUUAACAGUGCUGGGAGGAAGUGGCCUGUGGAGCGCAGGGAUGUUCCCAGUGGGUCAGUCUUUGUGGAGCAGGACAGAGCCAGGCCUAGCUGUGAUGCCAAGGGACUUGGGGAGGGUGUUUUCUCAACUGCUUUUUCCCCCAGGGCUGUUUCGGGAGUGCAGGUGAGACCUCUUUCCAUGGGUGCGCUGCUUUCCUAUCCUGUGUAAAUACCUGUACAAAGAACUCUCAAUAAAAUCAUCGUAGAAUCGUCAUGGAAUGGUUUGGGUUGGAACGCACCUCAAAGCCCAUCCAGUUCCAUCCCCUGCCAGGGGGAGGGAUACCUCCUACUGGAUCAGGGGCUCCAAGCCCCAUCCAGCCUGGCCUUGAACACCUCCAGAGAUGGGGCAGCCAGGACUGCUUUGGGUGACCUGGCCCCUCAGUGUGAAGAAAUUCUUCUGAAUAUCUAAUCUAACUCUUCCCCCUUGCGAUUUAAAGCCAUUCCCCCUCAUCCUAUCCCUCCAGGCCCUUAUCGAGAGCUUCCUGGAGCCCCUCUCAGUCCUGGAAGCUGCUCUAAGGUCUCCUUGGAGCCUUCUCUUCUCCAGGCUGAAUAACCCCAGCUCUCCCAGUCUCUCCUCGUAGCAGAGCUGCUCCAGUCCUCAGAUCAUCUCCGUGGCCUCCUCUGGGGAUUCCAGAACUGGACACAGGACUCCAAGUGAGAGCAGAGAGAAUCAAACAUCCCCUUUCUGCAAAUGGUAAAUACUUCAUGUAUUGCCCGGCGCGGCGCUGAGGCCUCCAACCUUUCACCCUCCCCUCCCUGGGCCGGCCCUGAGGCUCCCGCCCAACUCCUUCUCUCCCGCCGCCACGUUAAGGCGGGGCAGAAGUGGGGCGUGUGUACGUAGGGGAGCGUAUAUGUACGUAAAGCGGUGGGCGUGGCCGCGACACGGGAAGUGACGUCACCAUGCGGGCGGAAGUGCCGGGCAGCAGCGAGGAGGCGGCAUGGUGGCCGCGGGGGCCCACCGGCCUGGGCCGCUCAAGCAGCAGAACAAGGCGCACAAGGGCGGGAAACACAGCGGGGCCUCGCAGCGCCGCGCGGGAGGCCGCGUGGCCGUCAAGGCCCAACCCCGCCGGCGGCUCCGCGACCUCAGCCGCGUGGAUCGGCGGCACCAGGCGCUGCAGCUUCGCCGGCAGCGCAAGGAGGCGGUGCUGGCGGAGAAACGGAGCCUGGGCAGCAGAGAUGGGCCUCCUCACCUCGUGGUUCUGGUACCGCUGCACAGCAGUGCUGCAGCCCACAACACCCUCAGCCUGCUGCAGAGCCAGGACUCGGCUGUUGUCCGUGUAGAUGAAGGGGGAGCCAGUGGCUUUGCACUCCUCUGUCCCCGACUCAAGCAGCGCUGGCGCUUCCUGACAACACAGGCAGGGGAUCUUCAUACCAUCUUAGACCUUGCAAAGGUCGCUGACUCCCUGCUGUUCAUCCUGGAUCCCGUAGAUGGCUGGGACAGUGCAGGCGAGUACUGCCUCUCCUGCCUCUUCGCACAGGGGCUUCCCAGUUAUGCUCUUGCUGUCCCAGGAGGCACUGACUUGCCACCGAAGAAGCGGGUAGAUGCCAGGAAGAAACUCAGCAAAGCCAUUGAGAAGCGCUUUCCCGAGGCUAAACUCUUUCCCCUGAACACAGAGCAGGAGUCCUCGCUGCUGCUGAGGCACCUGGCCACGCAGAAGCAGCGCCACCUCGCUUUUCGGGACAGACGGGCUCACCUGCUCACUUACGCUGCCGAGUUUGUGCCCAGUCAGGAAAGUGACCUGGUUGGGACUUUAAAGGUGUCCGGCUUUGUCCGGGGACAGGCGCUCAAUGUGAACAGCCUGGUGCAUAUUGUGGGGCACGGAGACUUCCAGAUGAGCCAGGUGGAUGCCCCUCCCGACCCACUCUCUUUGAAUCCCCGUGUGGCAAAAGGCCAGAAGAGGAGCCAGGACAUGGAGGUACAGGAUGAUGCUGUAAAUGGUACUGAUGAGAUGGAGGAAGACAUUAAGGUCCUGAUGAAGGCAGAUCCAACCAAGCAGGAGUCUUUGCAGUCAGAAGUGGUUCCUGACCCUAUGGAAGGGGAGCAGACGUGGCCUACUGAGGAAGAACUGCAAGAAGCAGAGGCUUCUCUGAAGGCAAACAGGAGAGUGGUGAAGGUCCCCAAAGGCACAUCCAAGUACCAGGCUGCCUGGAUUGUGGAUGAUGGAGACGAGGGCAAUGAGGAAGAUGAUGGUGAUGAAUACGAAGAUGACGACAUCGAUGAGGAUAUGAUGGAAGAGGCUGUUUCUCAGGAAGGGGAAAGUGAGGAGGAAGAGGAACCUGCAGAGGAGGAAAGUGAGACCAUGACAGUUCCCGAGUGCUUGCGGGACGACCAGUAUGAUGAGAAAAUGGAGGAAGAUGAAGAGAUGCUGGAGAGAUACAAACAGGAGAGAAUGGAUGAGAUGUUUCCAGAUGAGGUGGACACGCCACGUGACGUACCUGCCAGAGUGCGGUUCCAGAAGUACAGGGGGCUGAAGAGCUUCCGGACUUCUCCAUGGGACCCCAAAGAGAAUCUUCCAAGGGAUUAUGCCAGGAUUUUCCAGUUCCAGGACUUUUCCCGAACCAGAAAGAACCUCUUCCGGCAAAUCGAGAAAGAGGAGACUGAAGGAGCCUCGGUUGGCUGGUACGUGACACUUCAUGUCUGCAAUGUCCCUGUCUCAGUGAUGGAGAGCUUUAAAGAGGGAAAGCCCCUAGUCCUGUUCUCGCUGCUUCCCCACGAACAAAAGAUGUCUGUGUUGAAUUUCCUGGUGCGUCGGCAUCCGAGCAACAAUGAGCCAGUGAAGGCCAAGGAGGAGCUGAUCUUUCACUGUGGAUUCCGGCGCUUCCGAGCAUCCCCACUGUUCUCCCAGCACACCUCAGCUGAUAAGCACAAGCUGGAGCGUUUCCUGCGACCGGAUACUGCCCUGGUGGUGACUGUUUACGCUCCCAUCACUUUCCCUCCUGCCUCAGUCCUUGUUUUUAAACAGAGAAGUAAUGGAAUGCACGACCUCAUCGCCACAGGUUCCUUGCUCUCCGUGGACCCAGACAGACUUGUCAUCAAGCGGUUGGUGCUCAGUGGGCACCCUUUCAAGAUCUUCGCCAAGAUGGCUGUUGUGCGUUACAUGUUCUUUAACAGAGAGGAUGUGAUGUGGUUUAAGCCUGUAGAGUUGAGGACAAAGUGGGGUCGUAGAGGACACAUCAAGGAGCCAUUAGGGACCCACGGUCACAUGAAGUGCCACUUUGAUGGACAGCUAAAAUCCCAGGACACUGUGCUGUUGAACCUCUACAAGCGUGUUUUUCCUAAAUGGACUUACGACCCCCAUGUUCCGGAGCCUGUGCCGUGGGUGAGGAGCGAGAGUGCGCUGCCAGUGCCGGAGGUGGAAAUGGAAUGAGUCUUUAGGAUGGCUAACGCAGAUUGUGCCUUAGCUCCUGCAUGCUGUGAGGACAGCACUGAGAUUUUGGACCUGUUACUGCUGGGGGCUGUGCAGGCAGGGCUGCCUCACCGGCUGCUGCUCAGGUACCAGCUACAGCUAUUUAUUUAAAACAAUAAUGUUUUAAAAAACA